AUGCCCGGAGACGAAACAGCGCAGAAGUUGCACGAUGGCUCGGAUAGCGAAGCCGAGGAAAGUGAUGCGGAAGAAGAAGUCAUCGCAAAGGUCGACAUCGAUCCAUCCAAAUUGACUCCUCUGUCCCCAGAGGUCAUCUCAAAACAGGCCACAAUCAAUCUAGGCACUAUUGGACAUGUCGCGCACGGAAAAUCAACGGUCGUAAAAGCCAUCUCCGGUGUCAUGACUGUCCGAUUCAAAAAUGAACUCGUUAGAAAUAUCACCAUCAAGCUGGGCUAUGCAAAUGCGAAGGCAGGCUCUAUUCUCAUAUCGUAUCUUCCGUUUCUUUACGGGUGGUCUUCAUAG